AUGUGUAACGGAACAGCUACAGGGUCUCAGGAGAUUCGAUGUGAGUGGGAAAACGUGGAUGCCGGUGACAAUUUUCUCCCCGUUGUCCGGCUUAAGCUUGGCGAGGUGGCGGGCGCGGGAGACCUGAUUGUCCCUCUCAACUUCACAGUCUUCACUCGAGAGCCAUCUACGGGCAAGCUUCAAGUGUCUCACUUUCAAGAGACAUCCGUCAAGUGGACGAUUCCAACGAUAUACAGACAGGCAGAUUCGUCAAUCUUCCCACAACCGCGCGCCAUUGCCGUGUCCGCCCUGCCCAAAGCCAGCGACGAGCAGGCACGGUUGAGACAGUACUUUUUAUGGUCCGACUUCCAAUGCACUGGAUUUUAUCUGAAUGCGGGACUUGAUCUCAACGUCACUGUGUCCGGAGUCAAUGGCGCUGGGCCGAAGCCUGAGGUUCUCGUCGGUACCCCAGCACUGCUAGACGUUGAGCAUCCCAGUGUCGACAUGGAGGCUUCUUUGGACAAUCCACUUGGUUUGCUGGAUAACGGUCAUCAUACACUUACUCACCAGUCUGGCGGUAUACUAUAUAUCCGCUAUGUUUACGAACAUAACCAAACAGGACGAGGUCCAGUCACCGUCACGCUAGGCCAAGGCGACGCGGCCCAGCCGUUUCCCCUUUUCCGAGAAGGCGUCACGACGGAUGCCGAAUGGAAAAGCCUGCUGGCGCAAACGACCGUCCCCUUUGCCGAGCACGACGGCGAGCGGGUAAUCAUCACCGGACUGGCGGCUAGGGCCAAGGAAUACGCCGACCGAGGCCAAGAUCAAAACGAGUUGCUGCAGACAGACCCAGUCCCCUGA